ACCGUUAUUCUACUUUCAGUUUAUCAAUGGCUUCUUUGUUUAUAAUUGUAUUGCUGUCUUGUUUAUGUGGUUUAUCUGUUACUCUAAACGUUACCGCUGUUAUUGCAAUUAUCUCAACUAAAAAAAAUAAAGAUGUGUGCGAUGUAAUUUUGAUGAGUCUUGCAGUAUCUGAUGGCGUUGAAUGCAUAUUUGGAUUUUCCGUUGAACUCUACGGUUAUGCUACAAAAGGCAAAACGUUACAAAACGAAACCUUGUGUAAAAUAAACGGGUUUAUUGUAAUGUAUCUUGCUCUGACUUCAAUCUCUCAUUUGGUUUGUUUAUGUCUAUAUCGUUACAUACUAAUUGUACACUCGUUAAAAGCACAGAGGUAUUUAACAAAUGUUAAACAAAGCGCAUUAUACUUUAUAAUACCAAGUUGGAUUUACGGAUUGUUUUGGUCAAUUGCAGCAAUAUCUGGAUGGAAUGAGAUAAUUAGAGAAAAAGUAGAUACUCACAGGUGUACAAUUAAUAUGUCACCUGAUGACGAGUUAAAGCGUAGCUAUUUAUACUCGCUUACCGUGUUCUGCUUUCUUGUUCCUGUGGUCAUUAUUAUUUACUGCAGUUUAAAAGUGCAUUUAAAGCUUCAAAACAUGUGGAAGUUGUGCGUACAGAUUUCCGGCGAAUAUGCAGCUAUCACAAAGGCUACAUAUAAAUUAGAAAGAAAACAUUUUAUAUUUCUCGGUCUAAUUAUAGGAUCAUUUUUUGUAGUUUGGACUCCAUAUGCACUCUGUGUUUUUUUCCUUGCUCUUCAAAUUAAAUUACCAAGAGUUUUAUUAACCUACAGUGCAUUAUUUGCCAAGUCUUCAACAAUUAUCAAUCCUACUAUUAGCUGCAUAAUUUAUAAAGAAUAUUUCCAAAUCUUAAGAAUUAAAGUUCAGAAACUUUUUAGAAAUAAUAUUGUUUCACCAGCUAAUCUAUAAGCAAUUGUAAUUAACACACACAAUUAAAAGUGAGGAAUUUAAAUAUUUCAAUCGAUUAUGAAUGAGGAAUGUUAUGAAUAAGUGAACAUUUUUGUGUAAUUAAUAAAUAAUUAUAUUGUUCAAUAAUUAUAUAAAAAAAUUAUAUAAUUGUUAUAAUUAUUAUUUAAUAAACAUGAUUUGAAAUACUUACUGAAAUGAACAUGAUUUGAAA